AUGAGAAUAAAUAGAUCUGGUUGGCGUGUAUUGAAAAUAACCCUUACUUUGGGCUUAUCUCUUGGCCUUUUGUAUCUUAUUGGCCAGAGUUCAAUUGUUCUCAGCAAAGUUGGCAUUAGUACAGAUUCAUUGGAUGACGGAAACACAUUUGGAAUCUUAUCGAAGAAGUAUUUAUCUACCAUGGUGUCUAAAGAGGAAGUGAACUCUCCUGAGGUGGCGAAAAAAGUUUUGCUAUUACGAAAGAUUGAAGGACUCAUGGUGUCUCCAAAUGUGGAUUUUGUCAUCAGCAAAGAUCCGAUGGAAUUACUAUCCAAAAAAUAUCCAGACCCAGAAAAAUUUAAAUCUAUGGAAAGGCGUGACAAAGCAAAAGUUUACACAGAAGAAAUUUUACCUGAAAGCAAAUAUUACUUUAAGCCAUUGUCAGGUGAAAUAGCAGCCAUUGAAAAUGAGGGAGAAAAGUCACAGGAGGAACUUGUCAAGAACUUGGAUGAACUCAAAAAAGUAUUCACGUUGGAAGAACGCAAGAAAUUAGUACUAGAUGAUGAGUCACUUGCAAAGUACCUGAAAGAAAAAAAAGCAAGUGCGAUAGCUUAUAGCAGUACAUAUACCAAUAGAGUUAAGACCAUGAUGUCUCAACUUAGACUUUUUUCCUCGAUAUUUUUGAAAGGCCAGUUAAAUGAAGAUGACGAACAAAUGAAAGAUGCAUGCUUUACUGCUGAGCAAAGCCUCUUUCCAUGGUUGUCUGGAAAGUUUCCCAUUUUCACCAAAUUGAAUCCGGAGAGGAAAUAUAAAGAGUACCAGGUUUACCCAUUGGGACAUGAUCCAGAAUACAUUAAAAAGAAAAUGAACAGUAAGGAUGAAGAAAUUAGAAUGAUGGAAAAUGAAGAUGAAGAAAUUGAUGAUUUAGAUGACGAAGAAGAGAAAACAAUCAACGAAAGUAGGAACACGAGAGAUUGUGGCUGCUUCAUUAAGACUUUUCAGGCGCGCUUACACGGGAGAGGCAUUGUUCUUACUGCUAGUGAUGAAUAUGUUCCUGAAUUACUAGGCUUGCUUGCAGUUCUGAGAGCUGAGGAGCCGGAUUCCAUUCCCAUUCAAAUAUUCUAUACCCAGGGUACACUUUCAGACGAGUCUAAGAGGAAAAUAAUAAAAAGAGCCACAGAAGAUGAAAACGGUAUAGCAAGUAGACCUAUUGCCCCAUGGUCUCUAAACAAGCAACCUAGAAAAUUAAACAUUACUUUCGUUGACGUUACGGGUGCUAUUAAAUCAGAGUAUUUACAGCUUUUUAAUGGUUGGGGAAAUAAAUUGUUGGCUUAUUUAUACAACUCAUUUGAAGAAACAAUAAUGAUGGAUACGGACACUGUUCCAUUGGGACCAUUAUCAAAUUUCUUUGGUUCUCAAGAAUAUAGACAAAGCUCCACCGUAUUUUUCCGUGAUAGAGAAAUGCUUUACAAAUUAGCUCCCCAGGUUGUUUCCAUGUUCAAAGAAUGUCAGGUUGGAACUCUGGAGCAGGGUUAUUUAAACAUAAGACCUAAUCAAGGUGACCCGUUGAGAUCCAGACUUUUCGACAACUCUCUCAAAGACAUGAUGGAGUCCGGAUUGGUUGUUAUUAAUAGAAAAGACCACUUUGAUGCUGUUAUUGCGUCAUUUAUAAUGCAAAUGACGGAGCCAAUCAAGAAUGUUUUCCACGGUGAUAAAGAAUUCUUUUGGGUGGCCGAGGAACUUAUGGGCAAUAGAUAUAGAUUUAACAAAAAUCCUGCUGGUUCAGCCGGUGUUUUGUCAAAACUUAGUGUCGAGCAUCCAUGGCAUAGAGUUUGCUCUACACAUCCAGCACACUUCAGUGAUGAUACAAAAACAUUAUUAUGGUUGAAUUCAGGAUUUUUGUACUGCAAACACUCAGAGUCAAGUAAAGAUGAUGUUGGUGCAGUCGGAAAUGAAGGUCUUGAUCUCGAUAGCAUUAAAAAACUCUAUGAUUCACCAUCAGAGAUACAGGUUGGGUUAAUACCACCACCACCAAUCCAAGGCAUUGAACCAGAUAAAGGGUAUCCUUCGAAAUUCUGGGAGCAAUCACAUCGUUGCAAUGGAUACGUUCGCUGUGCAAAUGACGCUGUUGGGGGUCCAAAAUAUGCAAAUGAUCAAAGUAUUCCAAAGGGUAAAUUCAUUAAAUUUUCUAGCAAGGACAUUGAAAAGUUUGACUACUUAUCGAAACUUUGGGUUAGAUACUCUCAGAAUAGAGAUGAUAUGUAA